CACUGGACCAUCUCCCCUCCCCCCGGAGCCACCUCCAGCCGCCGCCUCUGCGCGCGUGUGGCCGCCCGUCUGCGUCAGCGCUGGGGAGACACGGGACUGGCCGCCCGCGCCUGGCGGGGCUAUUUAAGAGGCAGCGCCCGCUCGUUUGCCCUGAACUUGGCUCGGCGGCCGGGCUGCUCCGGUGGGAAACGCCAGGCCAGCUGCGCCCUGAUCCAGAAGCCAUGAACCCCGGAGUGGGCCUGUGCGUGCUGAUGGCGGUCCUGGCUGCUGGCGCCCUGACGCAGCCGGUGCCUCCCGGAGAACCCGCGGGUUCCGGGCUGCAGCGGGCAGAGGAGGCGCCCCGAAGGCAGCUGAGGGCCGUGCAGAGAACGGACGGCGAGUCCCGAGCGCACCUGGGCGCGCUGCUGGCAAGAUACAUCCAGCAGGCCCGGAAGGCUCCUUCUGGACGAGCGUCCGUCGUUAAGAACCUACAGAACCUGGACCCCAGCCACAGGAUAAGUGACCGGGACUACAUGGGCUGGAUGGAUUUUGGCCGGCGCAGUGCCGAGGAGUAUGAAUACCCCUCCUAGAUGACCCGGCCUCCAUCAGCCCAACGGGAAGCAAACUCCCACCCCAGAGGAGGCAGAAUAAGAAAACAACCCCACUCAUAACUCAUUGUCUGUGGAGCCUGACAUUGUAUGUAUCUAUUUAUUAAGCUCUCAGUGUGAAAAAUGUGUCUGUAAGAUUUUCCAGUGCAGCCACACACCUCAGCAGAAUUGUGCAAAUGGAAGACAAAAUGUUUUCUUCAUCUGUGACUCCUGGUCUGAAAAUGUUGUUACGCUAUUAAAGUGAUUUCAUUCUGCCCUGUC